AUGCUGGCGCUCGUGCCGAUGCUCUGGGCGGCACUCUUCCCCUCGGCGUUGGCUGGUAUGCCCAACCCGACGCUCGAUUUCAAUGUCUCCAUCCCGCUCUCGACAUUGAACAACAGGGGCAAAUGGUCAAAGUGGACAACAACCUACGACAACGUUCAAGGCAAAGGGAACGAUACGCUUGCGGAGGGCUCUGCGCGCCUUGUCGCGUUCAACACGGACCCGGACCUCUCGCUCGUUGCGGCCGCCAAAGCAGUAUACAUCUGGGGCGACCUAGGGUACGCGGGGAGCAUGAAUCAAAACAAGAUCCAGUUCCAGUUCGCCGGCUCGCAGCCCCAGAAUACAGCACAGGGAACCAACAAAGGCCUGAUCGGGCAUGCGGAGCUCGAGAUGUUCAAGCCCUUCGAGGGCAGCUUUGCCCCGCUGUGGAUGUACUUUGAGGCCGAUUCACCGAGCGUGGAGCGGGUCGUCGUCACGACGGGUAUCGAGACCGAUGCCCCUCGCUUCACCUGGCGCGAGACCACCGGCAAGUGGAACACGACUCUGACCUACGCCGGCGCAUUGGGGGACGAAACGUUGCGAUCCCUUUCUCAACGAGUGAACGGCGCGAUCUCUCCCGCAGCAGGACUGAGCGCCUACGUUGUCGUCCCCGUGCCGGUGAAUACGUCCUGGGUCGCUUUGAACGUGACCCGCGGACCGGACUUCGGCAAGGUCUCCAUCACAUCGAAACCUACCAUUGAGGGAUACUUCGCCGAGACUCCCACGACGUACGAGUCGCACUAUGUCCCUGACGAAAUGCUGUGGUUCCGAUCCCUCGACCCCAGGGUGCAGUACAACAUCUCAAUCGCGGCCAUUAGCGACUCGGACCGCCCCAGCUCACGGAUUGCGCUGAACAGCGUCACGUUCUACGGCGGGGCUGCGAUCGACGGCCCAGUCUCCGAUAACAACGACACUUCGAGCGACGAUGGGGAAGCUGGGGGUGAUAACGGAGGGAAGAAGACAAACAUCGGCGCCAUUGUCGGCGGCGUUGUGGGUGGUGUCGUCGGUGUGGCUCUCCUCGGAGCACUGGCGUGGAUCCUCCUUCGCCGCCGGAAGCAGAGGAGGGAGACGCGGGAGCGCAUGCCCAAGCUCGAGAUCGACGACGCGCCCGUUGUGCCUUUCAGCGCGUCGCAUACGCCCUCGGGCUACGGUUUCGACGAGAAGGGCAAGUUGGUGCCGCCGCCUGCAGCCGAGCCUCUGACGCCUCGUACUCGAGCAAGGGCCAUCGACGGCGGCGCGGCCCCAAGUCCUGAGAGUGAGACACUCGACCCGCCAGAGUACAACCCCGCUUGGCAGGGAGGCAGCGCUCCCGCGAGUUCGACAGCUGUCCCAAGUGCUUCAGCUGUAGAGGCGCUAGCGGUGAAGAAGGCGUGA